AUGGGCCCCAAGCGGUUUGAUGCCCACCAUCCGGAGGGUACAGCGAGCCUGCUGGGCUUGAUGUACACAUGGGCAGGCGCAGCAGGCCCGGACGCCGCCACUGCACGGUGGCGCGGCGUCAAGCACGUGGACGGCUGCCCCUCGACCUGCGUGCCUGCGCUGGCCGCGCUGUGCCCCGGGCUCGAGGGUCUCAGCAUCUCUCUGGAGGACACCAACGGUGUCCUGUAUCGCGACACGGCGGCCAGGCUGGCCAGCCUGACUGGCCUGACAUCCCUGCGCGUCGCAUUCCACCCGACGGCAGCCCCUGCACGCGACCAGGCCCCACAGCUCGUCGAGUGGCGGCCGGAGUCCGUUGCCGCGCUCGGCGCGCUGACGCAGCUGCGGUCGCUGGUGAUAUCCGUGGGCGCCGCGUCGCGUUUCCACCAUGCCGCAACGGGCUGGGUCAAGGGGCUGACGGCGCUGACCGAGCUGCAGCUGGUCGGCAUGUGGCCGACCGGGUCGGCCGGCAUGCAACUGACCGGCCUGCGGCGCCAGGUGCUGGAGGGAGCGGGGUCCAUCCUGCUGAGCUCGCAGCUCGCAGGCAUUGCCGCUGCGGGGCUGGGGCAGUUGACUCAGCUGCGCUGCAGCUUUGCGAACAGGGUCAACGAGCAGCUUCCCUUUGGGCCUGCGCUCUCGGCCGCCACUGGGCUGGUCCACCUGUCGCUGCCGGCGGCCAGCCUGGCGCAGGGUCACCUGGAGGCGGUGGCCUCGGCGGCGCCGCAGCUGACGCGCCUGGAAGCUGCCAGCAUUGCCGCCUCUGAUGAGUGCACCGCCCAGUUCCCGCAGCUCCGCACUCUGGCCGCGGCGUUCGACCCGGGCUUCUCGUACAACCUGGCGUUGUUGGUGCCAGAGGUGCGGAGGCUGGAGCUGGCGCCAUCCAAGGUGGAUGAGGCUGCCGUACUAGCCCCUGUGGCCGGCUUUCUGCGGGAGCUGGCGCUGCGGGGCGCAUUCAAGGACUUCUGCCACAGCGGCCGCCACAGCUUCUUGUGGGUAGACUGGCUGGACCUCCACACUUGCGAGAUCCAUGACCAGCUGGACCUGACCGCCGACAAUGACGACAACUUAACCGUCAAGGAUGCCCUUCUCACCCUCCUCUACAAUUUGAGUGGCGAUGUCCACCUUGUCGGGCUGUCCUUGAGCGUGGCCGAACAGCCGGACGCGGCCCUUGCGCUCAUCGCAGCGGCAGGCACGUGCACAGGGCUGCGACGGCUGCGGCUGCGCUACUUUGCAAGCGAGGCGCCGCUCGUACGCGUGGUGGCCCUGCUGCUCUACUUCAGGAACCUCCAGGAACUGGAGCUGAAGGAGGGCCACGCCGGCGAGCUGGGUGACGAGGCCUUUACCAACUCGUGCCUGGACAUGCUGGAGGCGAGGCGGCCCAAGAGCUUGACCAAGGUCACACUGACAGACACCUGGCGUGUGACGCGGGAGUGCGUGGACGCCGUGCAGCGGCGCCGCGGCGGCGCCUUGGACAAGGCCGACCGUUGUGGGCUGCCAGCGGCACGGCUGGCGGCGCUGAUGCAGCGGUUUCCAAUUGCCGGCAGGCUGUGCUUUCACCAGGGCCACGAGCGAUUCGAUGCCCACCAUCCUGAGGGCACUGCAAAGCUGCUGCGCUUCAUGUACACAUGGGCAGGCGCAGCAGGCCCAGACGCCGCCUUUGCACGGUGGCGCGGCGUCAAGCACGUGGACGGCUGCCCCUCGACCUGCGUGCCUGCGCUGGCCGCGCUGUGCCCGGGGCUUGAGCGACUCAGCAUCUCCCUGGAGGACUCAAACGGCGCCCUUUACCACGACACGGCGGCCUCGCUGGCCAGCCUGACUGGCCUCACGUCCCUGCGCAUCGCAUUCAAUAGAAAAGGGGACCCUCCCCGCGGCGAGGUCGCGCGGGCCCCUGCCUGGCGGCCCGAGUGCGCUGCCGCGCUCGGGGCCCUGACGCGGCUGCGGUCGCUGGUGGUCUUCCUGGGCGGCGUGCCGCAGCCCUGCUACACAUUGUCAGGCUGGUUCAAGGGGCUGGCGGCGUUAACCGAGCUGCAGCUCGCCGGCAGGCUGCCGCUGGGCGGCGUGCAACUGACUGGCCUGAGGCGCCUGGCGUUGGAGGGAGGGGGUUUCUUUGGGCUGGGCGACCAGUUCGCAGCCAUUGCCGCCUCGGGGCCGGCGCAGUUGACUCAGCUGCGCUGCAAUGUUUCAAAUAGCGUCAGCGAGCAACUUCCCAUUGGGCCUGCGCUUGCGGCCGCCACUGGGCUGGUCCACCUGUCGCUGCCGGCGGCCCGCCUAGCGCAGGGUCACCUGGAGGCGCUGGCCUCGGCGGCGCCGCAGCUGACGCGCCUGGAUGCUGCCAGCAUCGCCGCCUCUGAUGACUGCAUCGCGGAGUUCCCACAGCUCCGCGCCCUGGCGGUGGCGUUUGACCCAGGCUUUGCGUACAACCUGGCAAAGCUAGCGCCCAGGCUGCUGAGGCUGGAGCUGGGGCCAUCCAAGGCGGACACGGCCGCUGUAAUACUUCCUGUGCAUGAGACUCUGCGGGAGCUGGUGCUGCGGGGCGCAUUCAAGGACUUCUGCCGCAGCGGCCGUCGCAGCUUCUCGUGGGUCAAUGUUAUGAAAGUUGACAACUUUGAAAUCCGUGAUCACCUGAAUCCUGCCGACGACAUUGACGACAACACGACCGUCAAGGAUGCCCUCCUCGCGCUCCUCAGCAAGCUGAACAGUCACUGUGAGGAUCACAUCGCCAAGCUGUCCUUGGCCGUGGCCCGGCAGCCGGACGUUGCUCUUGCGCUGAUCGUGGCGGCAGGCACGUGCACUGGGCUGCAAUGGCUGCGGCUGCGCUACGUCGCCAGCGAGGAGCCGCUUGACUGCGUGGUGGCCCUGCUGCUGUACUUCCAGCAACUUGAGGAGUUGGAGCUGGAGGAGGGCCCCGCCAUCUUGCCGUUCAACGAGACCUUCACCGACUCGUGCCUCGACCUGCUGGAGGCCGGGCGGCCCGAGAGCCUGACCAAGGUCACACUGAUAGACACCUGGUGUGUGACGCGGGAGUGCGUGGACGCCGUGCAGCGGCGCGCGGCUGCGCGCGGGUGGCCGCUGGAGGUGGUGCUGGACUGCAGCGACGCUGAGCUGCUGGGGGCCAGGGGCUUCCCGCGCUGA